UAGGGCAAGUGGCUGAGGCUAAGGACUGCAAUUCCAUCCAGCCUGGUUCAUUUCAGUCAUCCGCUCAGUGCACAGACAGGACAAGGAGUGCAAUUUCAGCGCUGCUUCUUUGUCAAAAGCCCCCCCUUAAAAAAUACGCCUAAAGUGAAAAUGGUAAAGUACAUGCGACAGCACAGCGAGCUGAAACCCGAGGAGGUCCUGUCGGAGUCCGAUGCGUCCAUGGACCAGCAGGAUUUCGGAGAGAUGUCCGACUAUUCUUUCAGCGACGUUUUAUACUCCAAAUGUUCCGCAAUGGACCAAAUCGGCACUUUUAUGAAGAACGUACAAGUGCUGCUCGAUGCAGCAAAUUACAUAGAAAAUAUCGAGAAGAACAACGGAAAAUGUGAGCAUGGGUAUGCUUCAACAUACCCUGCGACCCAGAUCGCACAUCAACAGAAACAACGUAAAUUCAAAAACAGGAAAUUGGACAAUAUUCACAAUAGGUCAGCGCACAAUGAACUGGAAAAAAAUAGACGAGCACAUCUCCGCCUGUGUUUGGAGAGGUUGAAGUCCCUCAUCCCUCUGGGACCAGACUGCAGUCGGCACACUACGCUGGGACUGCUCAACAAGGCCAAAGCACACAUCAAGAAACUUGAAGAGGUGGACCGCAGGAGUCAGCACCAGCUGGAGACCUUAGAGAGAGAGCAAAGGCACCUGCAGAGGCAGCUAGCUCAGCUGCAGACUCACGGAGAGAGGGAGAGGGUCCGCACAGACAGCCUGGGCUCCCCGGAGGACUCUGACCGCUCAGAGUCUGAUAGAGAGGAAAUUGAAGUUGAUGUGGAAAGCACUGAGUUCUCCCAUGGAGAAAUGGACAGUGUAAGCACCAGUGGUGCAAGCGACCUGGAUGACCACAGCAGCCGGCAGAGCUCAGCCAGUGACGAGGGCUACUCCACAUGCAGUUUAAAACUGGCCUUCUCUGCUUAAAGCACCAGCCUAUACAUCCACUUCAGCUGCAGUCUUUUACAGCUUUUACCUUUCCAAGUACCAGCCUACAGCUCCGUUCUCCCUUGCAGUUUAGGUUAACCGUCUUCAGAAGUACCAGCCUUGGUCAAUCCCACCUUUACCCAACAAAUCAAAGAUCUACUCUGCCCGAGAACCAGCCUUAAGCUCAACUCAGUCUAAAAGUUUAAAAUACUCUCCUUCCAAAAGCCAAGGGGCUCCUCUACAUCAGUCUGAAACAUUUCACACAACAGCCUCAAAUUCAACUUCUCUGGCAAUAUACAGCUUCCUUAUGUUCAAAGUUGACUAAACCAUUCACCCAAAAUCUACCCACAGCCAGCUUCAAUCAACCAUGCCUACACUCAAUACUGAUCCUGUAGAGGACCCAUGAUUGCAUUAUUGUCCAACACUGAAGGGGGAAUCUCUACCUUUAGUCAAGUUGAUCCUCUGAAACCAGCAAAAAACACAAAAAACACAGUACCAGCUAGAAGCUCACCAUUGGGAACGUUUGCUCCAUUUGCCUUGUAAAAACAACAACAAAAAAACCAUUGCCCUUUUUUUUGGGAUAAUAUAUCCAUACGGCACUUCUUGUCAGUGAACAAGCCAGUGGCAAGGGCUACAAUGUCUGCAUUCCAAAAUGUUUAUUUCACUUCUAUAACCUCUGCUUUAGGACCCACAACCAUCAUUGAUCCACGUGGUGUCCCUCCCUCCUCUCGACUGAAACACAGUCACAGUCAUAUCCAAACAGGUGGUGUAGUCCACCCUUGUUAUUCUAAUUUAUUUUGCAUAUGAUUAUAGUAUUUAUUUUUGGUAUAUUUAAUUGUACUGUAGCUAAGUCUUGGUCAUGCUUGAAUGAAAAAAAAAAAAACUGCUGUUAAAUUUUUUUUUUUUUUUUUUUUUAGUUUUAAAAAAAAUACUUGAUGUUCUCAAUCCCCACUGAAGCAUAUGCAGUGCUACAGGUUUAACGCAUUACUCAGUGGUGUUUUGUUGAAAGAAUGAAACAUCUCAUUCACACUGUGCGCAAAUUCAAUUUUAUUUAGACAGUAAUAAGCUAUCCUGCACUUGUCCAAGCACAAGGCUCAAGCAAUAACACAUCUAGUUUUAAUCAUAUCUUAAAUGUCGGCUGUGUUGAUAACAGACUAUUGUGUCCGUCCAGAACCAAAUUCCAGUUUGCUAGUUCUCCACUUGCUCCAGUAGUGGUAUCAGUUAUCAAUAAUCAGCAGUAAAAAUGAUUGUAAUUGAUUAAAAAAAGCUAUGGUGCAUGUGUAUUGAAUGUAGCCUUUCUAAUCAUGUUGUAAUGUGCUUUGGAUUGAAAAGUCUUACGAAAAUGUCUGUAGCAUGAACAACAUAAACACUACAGAAUACUAAUUUUGGUUUAUAUUUCAAUGUUUAAUACUAUAUCUUUUUUGUAUUGUAGCAGAAAAAGUCCAAGUUCAAAUCCUUGAAAUUUGGAGCCUUCCCACUAAUAAUGUAUAUUUGACUCAUAGAGUUGCACUGCUGACCUGUUUGAAACCAUGAAACCAAAUAAGACAUUUUCAAUACGACCAUGUAUCUACAUUUCUCUGGUCCAAGUCCUAAGUAGAUCACCACCAAAUUGUGUCUUAACAUGGGUAUGACUCUUGCACAAAGUUCCUUGUUACAGGUCUUUUCUCUCCCCACCAACCUGUUUGGGAAACUAUAAAAUGCACUAUGAAAAAGACUUUUGUUAAGGAAGUAUGUUGAAGCACACCCCAGAAUGUUUUCUCUUGUGCUCAAUCAGCCAUCCAAGGUGACUUUUUUGCAACACAUGUGCUGCUGGUCCCCUGCUAAUAUUUUGUAACAGUUCCUGAUAACUGUCCCUGGAAUCUUAAUAAACCUCUACCACCCAGUCAUAAA